AUGCCUCCUAAAGCUGCCGAGAAGAAGCCCAGCACCGGUGGCAAGGCCCCAGCUGGAAAGGCCCCCGCCGAGAAGAAGGAAGCCGGCAAGAAGACUGCCUCUGCCAGCACCGGUGACAAGAAGAAGCGUGGAAAGACCAGGAAGGAGACCUAUUCCUCCUACAUUUACAAGGUCUUGAAGCAAGUCCACCCCGACACUGGUAUCUCCACUCGUGCCAUGUCCAUCCUGAACUCUUUCGUCAACGACAUCUUCGAGCGAGUUGCUACCGAGGCUUCGAAGCUCGCUGCUUACAACAAGAAAUCCACUAUCUCGUCGCGGGAGAUCCAGACCUCUGUGAGGCUCAUCCUCCCUGGCGAAUUGGCAAAGCACGCGGUGUCCGAGGGCACUAAGGCUGUCACAAAGUACUCUUCUUCUGCCAAAUAA